GGAGUCGGAAGAGCUUUUCACGCAGUGGCAGCGACUCCCGUGACAUUUUCUAGAAACGAAGUCGGCUAUCUGUGUACGGUUCGCUACGUGUAGUGGAGUGAGAUUUCAGAAUGGCGACCAUCUCUACUUAGGAGAGUACUUAUUCCCGCCCAGUAAUCGUGUAAUUGUCGUGUAUCCUGACAAUUUCCAUGUGCUUUACGUCACGCAAUCGGCGAGAAUGAUUAUAGAAAAUCCUGAUCAAUUCAAGGCGUGGCUCACUGCCGUCCUGGAGCCACUGUGUGAUGCUGAUCCUGCAGCUUUGGCCAAAUAUGUUUAUGCUUUGGUUAAGAAGGAUAAAACACUGGAAGAAUUGCGUGGGGGCAUGGUGGAACAACUUGAUGUAUUUUUACAGCAAGAAACCAAAAAUUUUGUGGAACUGCUGUUCAAAACGUUGGAAACACAGGAGUAUGUUCUACCUGUUGUAAAAGGAGAGUCUGAUGGCGGCAGUACACCCCCAGGGGUCAAUCCACCUCCACCACCUCCACCACCACCACCACCACUGGUUGAAAAACCAGUGGAGCCUAUAAUUCCUAUGCUCCCCAUGACAACGAGCCCUAUAGCUUCUGUUCAAAUUAAUGGAUCUGCACCGGCAGUAAUUAACAAGCGCGAAGCUAGAAAAUCAGAUUCUGAAAAAGAAGACAAAGAAAAAGAGAAACGCUCCCGAAGCCGGAGUGGACGAAUAAGGUCGAGAACAAGAUCGCGGUCACGUUCAUGGGAAAGAGAUAGGCGAAGAUCCAGAAGCAGAGAACACAUACGACGUGACAGAGAACGCGACAGGAGUCGACCCUGGAGAAAUAAGUCACCGCCUCUCAAUGCUAGGCGACACGAUAGAAGAAGGAGCAGAAGUCGUAGCACAUCACCUUUACGGUCAAGGGUGCGCGAUGGUCCUGACAACCGUGAUCAUAGGGCACGAUUCCGAAACAGAUCUCCAACGCCAUUAAGGUCCAGAUCCCGAUCAAGGUCGAUCGAUCGAAAAAAAAUUGAUCGAUCAGAAAGGACAGAGGUCGGCAGAUCGGAGCGACCCGAUGGUAGUCCUGGAGGUGGUACUCCUACGCAGGAUAGUAAUCAUGGCGAUGUGGAUAUGCGACUCUCUACUACAAGUCAGUCAAUUCAAAGUGUCGUUGCAGUUGCAUCAAAUAUUCCAAACAACCAAACAGGUCCCUUCCAGCAGAAGAGACGAUGCAGAGACUUCGAUGAAAAAGGAUACUGCAUGCGAGGAGAUUUGUGCCUUUAUGAUCAUGGCACUGAUCCAGUUGUAUUAGAGGAUGUUGCUCUCAGUCGUGUAUUAACAUUCGGACCUCAUGGACCUCAAACUCCGGGUACUGUACCUGUACCUUCGGUGCCUGAACCACCGCCAGGACCAAAUGGAAAUGCACCACCUCCGCACCUCCCACUUGCAAGUUUACCACCACCCCAUCUUAGAAAUCAACAUCAUUCUAACAUGGAUAUUUUUGCAGAGUAUAAUCCAGACGCACCUAGCAUGGAACCCCGCAUGACAUGGGGCAGGCAUCCCCAACCAGGCCCCGGAACCUAUGGAAGAGGACAACGAGAAUUAAUAAGUGUACCGGUCAUUCCACAUACGAACCCUUCGGAAAUGACUCACACUCAAAGUAAUCCGUUGAAACGCAAACAAGCUUUUGAUUUCAAUCGGCUUGGACCGAAACAACGUGUGGUGCAUAACCCUGCUAAUUGUUCUCUUGAACUUAAGAAAGUUCCGCGUAGUCUUAAUAAUAUAACUCAGUUAAAUAAUCAUUUUUCGAAGUUUGGUAAAAUUGUAAAUAUACAAGUGAAUUUUGGCGGUGAUCCCGAGGCAGCCCUAGUUACCUUCCAACUACCAGCGGAGGCGAAGGCUGCUUACCGAAGUACUGAGGCUGUGUUGAAUAAUAGAUUUAUCAAGGUGUUUUGGCAUAAUAAUGUGAACAAUAACUCAUCCGGUGGAGCCAUAGAGAAUGUACCACCAGGAUGCCGACCAUCAGUUAAGGAACGGUUAGGAGCUGCAGUUCCAGCAUUAACGAAGUCAGAGGACAACGAGUACGUUCCAACUCGACGAUCAAGUGAGGAACAGGUCACACAGACGGCGGUACCCGUUUCGCCAAAAGCUGCUCCUGUCCAAACUCGCGAAGACAAGGUAUUAGCGAUCAAAAAGACCCAGGAGAUGCUAGCCGCCAAGGAGACUUUAAAGAAGAAACAGGAAGAGAAACGAAAAGAAGCAAUCAAACUGACGGCAGAUCUGCGCAAGAGGAAGCAGGAAUUACUGGACAAGCAAUUGGCAGAGAUACGCUCCUUGAUAGAGCGAGCUGAGAAGAAUCCUGAACAAAAAGAUGCCAUAAUGGCUACAAUAAAAACAAUGCAGCAAUCAAUCGAUAAUCUGCGUAAAGACUUAGCUACCAACGGUCAAACUGGAACAAAUAAAUCGCAGACGAAAUCUAGGGAACAGACACAAAAGGAGAUCCUUGAUGCCGAAUUGGAUCUUAUGACGGCUCAGCAAGAGGGUCAGGACGCUGGAGAACUCCAGAAAAGGUUAAACGAAUUAAAAGCUCAAGCCGCUGCGUUAGGUCUUAAUGCUUCAGCUGGUGCUGGCAGAGGUGCAAGGCCUACCCGAGUCAUACGCGGUGGACACACUUUAUCAUUUCGUGGACGUGGUAGAGGAAACUUUGCUCAUGUUUCUGUGGACCAUAGACCUACGAGUCUUCUAGUAUCUGGAUAUGAGACAGAGGAGAAGGAAGAAGUGUUAGCCCACUUUCAGCAAUUCGGAGAGAUAGUGAAUCAAAUAGUAGAUGACGCUACACCUUCUAUUGUAAUCAACUUCAAGUCAAGGAAAGAGGCGGAGGUUGCGUUGGUGAAAGGUCGUACUUUUCAAGAUAGACUGCUAUCGGUGACCUGGGUUUCCGGACAUCAUCUCCAUCGUGGUGGCGGUGGCGGGACGAAUUCCGGAGCUUCUGCACCGCAAUCUACACGCUCCGAACAAGCACCACCUACCACCGAUGAGGAAAUUGAUCUAGAGAAUAUGUUCAUCUAGGGCGCCGCGGAAGCUCUUCUGCUUGAAGAAAAUGAAGAGGAGGAAGAGGAAGACGGCGAGCCUCGUAGCUGGCGACGAUAGCAGCGUCAUCGCCACUUGUGACAGCAGUUUCGUACAAGAUUGAGUCACAACGGCACCGUCUGGGCAAGUCAGUGUACAUUGAGCACUUGCGCUAUCACUGCACCGACGCUUGAUGAAUUCGACGCUAUGGUUUUAACGAAAGAAUCAAGUUGCGAACGCAUCAACUGUUAUUAUGAGUGUUAUACUAUUUGUUAUAUUAAAUAUACUAUGCGCACCAUAACAGUAUAAAACGAUACUGUGUCAAAUUGCGCAUCACAAAUAGACAACCACUAUGCAAGUUUUCAGAAAACAACUAACCAAAAUUAUCCCAUUAUUUGUAGAAUAAAAUCGCUAUGUUUUGUAUGGGAAAAAAAAUCGAAUCCUUGUUCUGACUUGAAGUCCUUUUAUUUCGUACGCAGAAUUACGUCCUUGUCAUAACAAUUUUAAGACUCAAGAGAUUGUAGUCAACAUUAGAUUAAGUAGGAGUCUAUAAUAUUAAGAAUUUCGCGAGCGCAAAGUUUAGAGACUUAUUUAUAAUUUGUACAAGGCGAUUAGUUUAUUAUUUAAUUCAUUAGCGAGAUCCUACGUAUGACGCUCGAUGUGUUGUAAUAGAUUUCGCAUUUUCAUGCAGUGUACUAUCUGAAAAUGGUUCUUGAAAAGAUGUACGUUACGAUGUAUGAUUUUUAUUUUUAUUUCGUAACAUAUAUGAAGAAACAAAGAUAACUAAACAAUUUCGAAUAAGUAA